GCCUUGAAGCAUUGACAAUUUACGAUUGUUCACGCUCAGAGAGACUCACAAGGACCAAUAUAGCUCACAGAGGCGCCUUGGAGUAUUAGUAUCAUCUCUCUUCUCAUUGCAUCUCCAAUCAAGCUCUGCUGGACCAUCAACCAAGAUCGUCGGGCUCAUAGACACCAGCACGGAUAGCUAAGAGCACGUUCAGAUGGGAAAAGAGACCUGCAGCGCUGAGCAUUGCUGGCCUCUAUACAGACGGCCGACAACGAAAGCCAUCGUCGAGAAUCCAGACUGUACGCAUCUCGUUCUUCCUCGCUCGCUACAGUCUACCAAUCAUGAUUCUGUUCGGAUUUAUGUCGGUGAUGAUCUCAACAAGGUUGUUUACGAGCACUACAACAAAGUGCUAGCCAGAGAGGAUAAGGAUGGUUCCAUCGUGUCUGAUCAGACUGAAGAGGAAGAAGAAGAACCCUUAAAUUUUGUGGCACGUAUCGGUAUUGCUGUCUGCCGGCACGAGUACAUGGGCUCUGAUCCACAUGUUCACGCCUACGAAGAAGACGAAGAAGCAGGCGUGAUGCGCAUUUUGUUUCAUGAGCGACAUACCAACUUUUAUUGGGUGGAUGGAGAGCGAUUGACCUCCCUGGAGUGACAUGAAUAACGCCAGACGAAACACACACGACCAGCAUAAGCAUAUCAGCAUCAAGCAUUCAUAGACAUAGAAGAGCAAAGCAUUCUUCUUGAUACGGACUGUCAUAAGUGUGACAAGACUUCAACAAUG